CUCCUCCUCCUCCUCCUCCUCCUCCUCCUCCUCCUCCUCCUCCUCCUCGAAGAUAGUACCCGUCCCCCCCACACACGCAACAAACGACUCCCGACGAUAGCCUUGGGCAGGGCUCCAACACUACUUCAAACAUGUGGAAACCUUCAAAGUCCUUGAUGGACAAAAUCACCCAUUACAGCACGUUUCCGGCAACGGGGGUGAGCUUACGGCAGAUGGUACAGUUCGGGCAGAACCCUUCACAAGGCACACUAUUCCGAGGCGCACAGUUCCUGAGCGAGGAACUGCCGAUACGGCUGGCCCACCGCGUAAAGGAGUUGAAUCAGUUGCCCGAUGGCCUGAAUGAGAUGCCGUCGAUACAGAAAGUCGCCAAUUGGUAUGCGCAGUCGUUCGAGGAAAUUACCGAGUUGACGAAGCCGAAACUUUCGAAAGAGAUCAGGGAUAAGCUGAUCAAUGGCGGGAGGAUGAAUGGCGCGCAAACUUUGCCGGCGACGACACAGAACCCCGAUGUCGUCCCGGGAACAUAUCGAAGCUCCCCAUGGCAGAACGGCAAUGGGAAUGGGAACGGGAACAGUAAGAAGGGUAUUCGACGGUAUUAUGCUUCGGUGGACGAAGGCACACAUUGGCCCCCGGAGAUCGUCGAUUACAACAACCGCUUCACGAAGCUGCUACAGACAAUCAAGCACCGUCACGACCCGGUCGUCACCACCAUGGCGAUGGGUAUCAAUGAAUACAAACGGCAGAAACAACGGAUGCAAAUCGAUAACUCGAUCCAGUCCUUCCUCGAUCGCUUCUACAUGUCACGGAUAGGCAUACGGAUGCUGAUCGGCCAGCACGUCGCGCUCAACUCGAUGCCCGAGAACGACGAUGAAUACGUCGGAAUAAUCUGCACCAGAACCAACGUCAAGGACCUCGCCCAAGAGGCCAUUGAAAACGCGCGCUUCGUGUGUGAGGACUACUACGGCUUGUUCGACGCUCCCAAGGUGCAGCUGGUGUGUCGGCCGGAUCUGCACUUCAUGUACGUUCCGGGACACCUCAGUCACAUGCUCUUUGAGACGCUGAAGAACUCCCUUCGCGCGGUUGUCGAGACACACGGCAGCGACUCGGAGGAUUUCCCCCCGAUCAAAGUCAUAGUGGCCGACGGUAAAGAGGACAUCACCAUCAAGGUUUCGGAUGAAGGCGGUGGAAUCCCCCGCAGCGCCAUUCCGCUAGUAUGGACGUACAUGUACACCACCGUGGAAGCGACGCCCUCGAUCGAGCCCGACUUCAACAAGAGCGACUUCAAAGCACCGAUGGCGGGCUUCGGAUACGGAUUACCGAUAUCACGGCUGUACGCACGGUACUUUGGCGGCGAUCUCAAAUUAAUAUCCAUGGAGGGCUACGGGACGGACGUGUAUCUCCACCUCAACCGACUGAGCAGCUCGUCAGAGCCUCUCCAAUAAAAUAAAGCGAUGUUCCGUACUUGCGGCGGACGACUAGUGGUUUCUAUAAACGACGGCGACGACGGCGACGACGGCAAUGACCGGCGCGCGCGUAGCGGAUAGCAUACCUGUGUACAAAGCAUAGUACUACACCACAAUCCAGGGGAAGGUGGCCUUUCUGUCAUUCUCGUUCCGGUUCCAUUGGGGGAAGGGGGGUUUCUCUACGAUUUUGCUUGUUGUAUAUCUCUCUUUCCGGUUCACUGGUUUUCUUUUCCAUUUUUUCUUGUCUUGCUUUUUUCCAUGCAAUCGCAACGGAGUUUGAACAUUGAACAGUAACGGUAUUACGGUAACGGGUCAUGGUCAUGUCCUGUAUGAUGAAGUAGAUGCAUGUGAGAAUGGGGU